CAAGGCUGAUAAAGUUCCAAGCAUUCAGCUUAAAGCAGACCUUCUUGCUUCAGGACUUGGAGAACAAAGGAAAUGACAACGAUCCCAUGGUUGUAACAAACAAACUGAUGGAGGUGUUUCCAAAGCUGCAAGAAGGGGGAGGCUUUGAGUUUCUAAAAAUUGCAGGAUCUACUCGCAGUCGAAAUCUUGGACUUCUUCAAUGUCCCAGCACAGGAUACACCCUUACCUAUCUAAAAGAUCCAUCUCCAACAAUUGGACAGGCUACAAUUGACAUACGCCCACUUCAACAGGACCUACCCAUUGAUUCAGUAUGGAAAUUUACACUGUCACCAUUUGAUACAUAGUUCAAAUAAAUUGCACUGUGGAGUUUUAAUCAAUACUUAACAGAUUUGUUGUUCUUAGGAAAGCUCGGGACAUGCCUCUGGUCCAGAAGGAGGUUCCCUUCUCUGAAAUGAAACUGCACCGAGCUAACUGGGAUGGCUAUGCACUUGUUAAAGAUAUAUAAGAAUUACAUAUUCAUUUUUCAAUAAGAAAUGUCUUUUUAGUUUUUGUGCACACAGAUGAGAGGAAAUGACUAUAACAUUUUCUGAACUUCAAGGACCCCCAUGCAGGAAACACAUAGAGAAGGAGAGGGAGACCGUGGUGAGGAGAAUGAUAGAGAGCCACCCACUGACAGGGACAGCGUUCCAGUGAGGCCUGAAACAUCUGUAGAGAGUGAAGUAGAACCAGUAGUGAUUGAAAACUGGAAGAUUAUUAAAGAACCAACUCUGGCUGCCCAAGUUUUCAAAGAUAAUCUACUAAGUGAACAUGCAACCGGGAAGCCUCUUAAACUGAAAAUGGAUGUAAGGGAGCGUGAGGAGGACAGGGAACGGGCACUUCUCUCAUUCUAUAAACAGCAACAGGAAUGGGCAUGUCCACUUCAUUGUACCCUUGAUGGAGGAGUGGGCCAAACUCUGCUAUUUGAAGGUGAGCCUGACCAUCUCGUUCCAGCUGCAUCAGAGGUGCUUAUUGAGAGCAACCUCUUCCGGGUUGCAGGAAGGAUGAUAGCCCACUCCUUUUUGCAUGAUGGCCCCCAUGUCACCGGAUUAAGUCCUGCUGUUAUUCAUGUACUGUUCAAUGGGGACCCUGAAAUGGCAACAAUUGUUGUCGAGGACUGUCCUGAUCUGCACAUCAGGAGUAUUAUAACAAUGCUUGAACUUGAAGAACUUACUCAGGAACAGAAGGACACAGUGUCAGAUCUUUCCCUGUCUUGGGAUCUCCCAGCAGUCACUAAAACGAAUCAGAGGUGGCUACAUAACAAACUUCUAGUACACGCGGUCAUCGGGAGGACCAUGCGCCAAAUUAAACAGUUGAGAAAGGGAUUGAAAGAUGUGAUGCUAUGGCCCCUGCUGACAUCAAGGCCAGAUGUUGUCCCACUUCUUUUUCUGAAAAUGGCAGGAAUGCAGUUUGUACCCCAGAUGUUCCUAGACAAAAUCACAUGGCCUGUGGAGGACAGUGAUGAUGAAGAACUUGACAUUGAGUGCAAGUGCCGCAUCACUGGUUUUCUACGGAUGUUCAUUGAAACAGCUUCAUCAGAUACUCUGGCUCAGUUGCUGAAGUUCUGGGUCGGCUGGGAAAUGCUCCCUCCAGAACUCAAAGUGGAGUUUUCCGGGGGAACCUUCCCAUCAUCCUCCACAUGCUUUGAAACACUGAAGCUGCCAGCUCAUUACAACACCUACAAAGACUUUGAGGAAGCACUUGUUGCUGCCAUAGACAGUGCACACACUGGAUUUGCUCUUGUUUAAGUAUUUUCAGGCAAUGAUGUUGCUGUGCUUUUAUUCAGUAGAAAAAGGUCAAUUUGAGUGAAGUGAGUUCAGUGUUUUUCUAACAUUUCAAAUACAGUGCAGUAUUUUCUUUCCCUGAAAAUGACACUGCUUUGUUGUUGCUCUUCUGUCAACUGUUUGAUACUUCAGUGUGCAUCACCUUGCUGUCCUUGCCUGUUGUCAUUGGCUACAUGAGGUUGUUGAAAUAUCUCUUGAUGCUAGAAAAAUUGGUUUUAUUUGCAUUAAAACAGCAUAUUAUUAUUUCAGAUUUUUAUUGACAAAUCAAGUUAACUAAUUCAUGAGUGACAUUUGCACAAUAAAUAAAAUAAAAGGCCUGCUUAA